AUGAAAGACCGCCAGAAAAAGGCCGAAGCUGCAGUCUUCGACCAGACCAACAUCCUCCCUAAGAAAGAUCUGUUGAUCGUCUUCGGUGCCUUGGCCGUAUCCCUAUUCAUCUGUUUCGUCGAUCAAAAUGGCAUCGGUGUUAUGAUUCCUACGAUCGGCCAUGAACUGCAUGCUGAAGCCACAAUCAGCUGGGCAGGAACCAGCGCCUUGAUUGCAAACACGCUUUUCCAGGUUCUCUAUGGCCGCAUGUCUGAUUUGUUCGGAAGAAAAGCUGUUUUCAUGUCGGCACUGGCACUUCUGACCAUCAGCGACUUGUUGUGCGGUCUGUCUCAAAACGCUACCAUGCUCUACGUAUUUCGGGGUCUUGCAGGUAUUGCAAACGGUGGCAUCACCUCCUUAGCCAUGAUGAUCGUCUCUGAUAUCAUUACAUUGAAAGAGCGAGGCAAAUACCAGGGCAUAUUAGGAUCAUGCGUUGGACUCGGUAACAUGGUCGGCCCAUUCCUCGCUGCUGCGUUCAUCCAGAAUUCGACCUGGAGGGGGCUUUUCUGGCUCGUCAGUCCACUCGCUGCAAUAUGCUGCGUUGUGUGCUUCUUCAUCUUACCUACGCCAAAGGCUGCUCCUCGAAUGGACUUUAGAUCUGUUUCAGCAAAGAUCGAUUACUGGGGCAUCUUGGCCGGAUCCGCUGCCAUCGUCCUUAUACUUAUUCCGGUGUCUGGAGGUGGAAGCUAUUUCCCAUGGGGAUCGCCCAUGGUAAUCUCGAUGCUCGCCGUGGGAGGUUGCUGUAUGCUGGCAUUUUUGUUCAUCGAGUACAAAAUUGCAUUGCUGCCCAUGAUGCCCUGUAAGUUGUCUCCGCCGGUAUGCGUCAUGCUCCUUCAGAACCUCUUCUUCGGCAUCGUAUAUUACUCGCAACUCUACUACCUACCACUGUUCUUCCAGCAGGCGCGCCAGAUGUCGCCACUUCUCUCAGCCGCCCUUGUGCUGCCGAUCACAUGCGCCCAAAUGGUCGCAUCCAUUCUUUCCGGGCAAUACAUCUCUCGUAGAGAACGUUAUGGGGAAGUUAUCUGGACUGGAUUCUUUCUCUGGACGGUUGGCGUUGGCCUAACCUGCAUUUUCGACCGACGUACUCCCAUCGGCGCUAUCGUGGUAAUCCUUCUGCUCCAAGGUAUUGGUGUCGGCUUCGUCUUCCAGCCCACACUUGUCGCUCUCCAGGCCCAUUGCACGAAAUCUCAGCGAGCUGUUGUAAUUUCCAAUCGCAAUUUUCUUCGUAGUCUUGGUGGUGCCGUGGGUCUUGCGAUAUCUGCCGCAACCUUGCAGAACUCGCUCAAGAGAGCGAUGCCCGCUGAGUUUGCUUCGCUUGCAGACUCGUCGUACAAUGUUCCCAACUUCGACACCCUUGGAGCAUCACCAGCUCAGGUUGAAGAGAUACUCCAGGCAUAUGCUCAUGCGAGCAGGACAGUAUUCAUCAUGAAUGUGCCCUUCAUGGCGCUAUGUCUCCUUGGAUGCUUGCUCAUCACAGACCAUGGUUUACAGCGGCCUGAUGAAGUACAGGCUGCCUCUAAUGACGAUUUGAAUAAUAAAAAUGGUUGCCAAGACGUCGAAGAAAAGGCAAGUGGCGAUGCCCAACAGCCUGUACUGGACAGUCGUGGGUCGGGUGAAGCUGCGGAAGCUGCUCGAUGUAAACCAUGA